ACGGUAAGGUGCUGGUUCUUCAGAAUCAGCACCUUACCGUGGUGGAGAGGCUGCUGGUUAUUUCUGAUCUUCUUUAUUUCAAAUGUAUUUGUUAUUUGAAGUCGUGCAUGAUGUCUGCUUAUUUCUGCCGUUUGAGCUCUACAUCCACGAUUCACUUUGUUCACUUGUUUUAUUAUUAUUAUUAUUAAUAAUGGACAUGUUCCCCUUUAAUUGUGUUAUUUCGGUGAGUGGUUCUGCUUUGUGAAGCCCCUGAGCAAGUGUUAUUUGUGAUACUGGGUUAUAUAAAUAACAUGUCCUCUCUGUCCUGCAGGCGGCUCAGAGCUGCAGUUCGCUGGAAGACGGAGCCUCGCCGCCUGCUGACGGAGGAGGAGUUCCAGCGGGAGGCGGAGGAAGAGACUCGUAAAGCUCUGGAGGAUCUGAGGAAGAACUGCAGCAGCCCCGAGUUCAGGUCCUGGAGGACCGUGGCCCGCCUGCAGUCCCCCAAAAGGUUUGCAGACUUCGUGGAGGGCUCUCCUCACCUGGUGUCCAACGAGGUGUCGGUGCACGCGCAGGAGUACGGCUUCGGAGGGUCCUUCUUCGAGGAGGAGUUCUUCGACACGGACGACGAGGAAGACGACGACAUGAAACCUCUGGAGAUCCCGGAGUGAGACGACGCUUUGUGGAGAAUAAAGAGACGAUUUAAGUAUUGCCUUUCAGGACAAACGAUGAGAGGAGAGCCGCUCUGCGCGAGCUAACGUCCGGAGAGAGGAGGACACGGAUCGUGGUCUCCAGAGAAAUGACAGGAAGUGGAGCGGUCUAAAGACGAAGUGAUGUAGCUUCAAAGGAUGUAAACAAACUCUUUGUUGAGGGAGAAUCUGACGGUGAUCGGGAGCGCUUUCUUUUGGAGGUCAAAGCUAAUGUUUCACUGCGUGAUGGCAGCGUGUACGGGCCAGAGAAUGCAAACACUUGAGGAAAUAAAAAGUGGGUUUUUUUCUGAUUAAACUCGAUUUAUCUUUUAUCUCAAUGGGAAUAAAUUCUGCUCUGUUUUUCUGAAUGACUGAAAAAUCCCAAAAGAAGCUUUUCCUGAUUUCCUAGAAGUCCCACCUCGUUACUUCUGCCAGGUGUUCAGCCCUGAUCGUUGCUGACGCAUCUUUUUAAGUCUCUGAUUCAUCAGGAGUUAGUGGUCACAGAUCAGAGCGUGUCUGUGUUGGAUUGAGACUCAAGUGUCUCCCAAUAUCUACCAAACAAAGGGGUUGCAUGGAAAGCUUCUUUGCAUGAGACGUACCCUUCAACUGAGGCUGAAUAUGUGCCUUCGUUCAUUUAUAAAUAAGAAGACUUGCGAUUAAUAAUCCCCCAUCAGUUUUGCAAUUCUGCUUUAUUUGUUUUAUUGAACAUUUGACCCUAAAACCAAUAAAUACAGUCGCUUUUCAACUCUAAAAGUCCCAGAUUAUAAAUAUAUUAGAGUCUUUCUUUAAGUAUUUAUCACGCAUUAUUACUACAGCGGUGUUUAGUCAGCCCUGCCGAUGUUUCCCGUUAAUUCAGAAAAACAAACAGUAUUCAUUUCCACGAUUUCUCCAAACGUUGAGAUGAAAUAAUCUCUGUUUCUUAAAUAAAUGCUUGACGCUGUUUGUGUUGUCUUUAGCUCAGGAGAGGUGUUUACGUUCAGUGUGUCUGACUUUUGUUUGUGUUUCACUGUUUUCAAUUUAAUGGACAUAAACACAGGAAGUGUCCCCAAAGUAUUUUGAAUAAAAGAAUAUGAAUUGA